UUUGCCCGUCACGAACCCAAAUACACGUCUCUCGACGCGCCUCGACCCCCAAACCUGCCCCUAUGCUCCAACGCGCAUACUCUUGCGACACUACUCUCACAUUUUAGGGCCCAUUCGAAGACAGCCAUGACCGACUACAAUAAGCAAACGGUAGCAAAUCUACGCCAAUUGCUCAAGGAACGCAGUAUCCCAUCGACUGGUCUUACGCGGAAGGCGCAAAUUAUCGAGAAGCUCGAGGAAUGGGACAUCCAACAAAGCGCGCCGGCGCAAGUCGAGGCAAGCUUAUUAGCUGUCGAUGCUAAAGCAACAGAACAAGAUGCGCGGGAGAAGGAGGCUGAGGAUACAGCUGCCGAUGAUGGAAGGAGCGGUGGCAAGGUCGAUGGCGACGAGGCUCAGCAAAUCACUGAAGCCCCAGAAUCGAAUCCAGAGGAGGAUGUCAAUAUGAGCAUGGAUAAUGCGCUGGAGGCGUCUGCUGCAAUCGCGCCGGCCCCGGUUGCGGAACACAUUGAAAAAGGUACGGAAAUCAACACGGACGUAGUCGUUCCAGAUGUGCCACCGUCUGGGACGACAACGACUGCAGGAGAAGAGCCAUCGGUUUCAAUCGACGUCGAUUCGUUGCCGACUGAGCGGACGCCCUCGUCGGCCCCCGACGAGAAACCGUCGAUUGAGAAGGCGCAGCUUCUUCCCAUCCCCGAGCGUUCUGCUACCACCACCGCAGAGCCUGGGACAAGGCUGAACACGGAGGAGCUCGAAGCUGAGACGCGUAAGCGUAAGCGGAGAAGCCAGACUCCAGAAUUAACAGCACAGGAUGUACAGGUAAAGAAACCACGGCCAGACGAUGCCAAAGCACCCGAGAUUCAUAUACAAGAAGACAAGGCUGAGAAUUCUGGAAUGGACUCGAUCAUGGAACAAGCAGCACCCGAAGCAAAAAUAAACGAGACGGGCCAAAGGGUUAUGGAUACGACUACCGACAGCGAAGGUGACGGUGACGCACAAAAAGUAGAACAACCGACAUCCGCUAUUGAUCCUGCUGCAGAUUCGACACCGACAGCAUCUGCAACUGCAUCCGUUCAGAAGGAGAAAGCUCCUCGGUACCGCGAACUUCUGAAGCCUACAGAGACGAUGGAGACGGUUGAGACGACAGCACCCACUACAUCUGAGGAUCGCCCCAUAGUGCCGGCCUUGCAUCCUGCAACGCCUGCCAUCUACAUCCGCAACCUGAUGCGCCCACUGCGUCCAGAUCUCCUUCGUGCUCACCUUGUCUCUCUUGCCUCACCCCCAUCCGGCUCCCCCGACGCCUCCAUCAUCAAAUCUCUCUUCCUUGACGGCAUGAAAACUCACGCACUUGUGCAUUUCACAACUACGACAGCGGCAUCUCGCGCUCGCGCUUCUCUGCAUGGCUCUAUCUGGCCGCCCGAGGGCAACCGGAAAGAGCUUUGGGUUGAUUUUAUCCCAGACGAUAAGGUCUCGGAUUGGAUUCAACAGGAGGAAGACGCGAUUGCAUCAGACAAGGCAGCCCGAUCGAGUGGAAGGGUUGCUUUGGCUCAGAAGUUUGAGGUCGUAUACCCUGACACCGAAAACGGGAUUCAAGCUGUGUUCCAGGUCGUUGGUUCCGCUACCACUACCACGCCAGCAGUAGCAGCGUCCUCCGACUGGAACCCACCGACAAGCCCACGCCGGCGACGUGCUUCCUCGCCUCGUCAGCAGAUCUCUACAACUCCUUUUCCGCCGACCGCUGCGCCAGAAGAAACCCGCCACAAUAUCGCCAAAUCCUUCGCUACCCUCGACGAUCUCUUUUCCUCAACGAAAACCUCUAAACCGAAACUCUACUUCAAGCCCGCAUCUCCUGCUACAGUCUCCCUUCGCCUAAAAGAGCUCGACCGCGAGACCUCAGUUGACUGGACGCCAGAGGAGAAGCGCAAAGGACGGGGCCUGAAACACGCGGGAUUUUCCCGUGGUGACCAAAUGAUACGCUAUACCUUUGAUGAAAAGGAAGAUGAGAUGGUUGUUGAAAUUGGCGAUGAUUUCGGGGUGCGUGAGUUUGAGGGUGGCAGUGGAGGUUUUGGAUGGAGAGGUGGUGGUUAUGGCAGAGGACGAGGCGGAGGAGGCAGGGCGAGAGGUGGAGGUGAUAGGUUCACCCCAGGUGGCAUACCCCGUGAUGGUGGGGGUUUCUGGAGGGGUGGAGGAAAGUGGAGAAGUGGAAAUUAA